GUAAUCACGACCUCUGCUGAGAUGAACAGAUGAAUCAGUCAGUGAGGGUUUCCCCCGAAACGUCAGAGCUGCAGGCCGUUAAAUAGAGCUGCGGCAGGUGGAGAGAGCGCCAUCCUCCUGGCAGACUGCACCAGUUUACGACGAUGUGUCCGUCACUUCUCCCGCCGCUGCUGCUGCUGCUGCUGCUCUGCGCGCGCGCCGCUCCGGUGCGCGGCGACGCCGCUCCGGUCCCGACCUACCGGGACACCGACCCGGUCACCGGCGCCCCGGUGGAGUGCGACCGCUGCCCACCGGGGUCCUACCUGCGAUCGACCUGCACGGCGACGAGCAAGAGCGUGUGCGCGCAGUGCCCGCCGGGCUCGUUCACGGAGCUGUGGAACUACAUCGGCAAGUGUCUGCGCUGCGGCGUGUGCGGCCACGAUCAAGUGAUGAAGACGCCGUGCGCCGCGCACACCGACUGCCAAUGCGAGUGCAAACAGGGGCACUACCACAGGGCGGAGUUCGACAUGGGCGCCCGACACAGCGAGUCGCGUUCCGGGCACGAGGUGCUGACCCGAGGUACAGCCGACGAGGACACCGUGUGCCAGGUUUGUCCCAACGGCACCUACUCAGACACGGUCUCCGCCCUGCACGAGUGCACGCUGCACCGAGGCUGCGACGCUCCGGGGAUGCAGAUGGUGCUGAAGGGCUCCAGCUGGCACGACAGCGUGUGCACGAGCUGCAAAGGGCUCAGCUGCAAAGACGCAGGCGACUACCUGAGAGAAAUCCUGCCGGCUUUCUUCGUCCACCAGAAGAUCCACCCCAGACGUCUGCGUCGGAUUUUAAACAGGCUCCCGUCUGAGAGCGGUAAAAACCACGGAGCUUCGGGACUCGGCCUCUCGGACCACCAGGCGCGGAUCAACGCGUGGGUGGCGUCGGCCACGGCGGCACAAAUCCGCCAGCUCCCCGCCGCUCUCACCAGAAGCGGAGCGGACGGCGCCGGCCACAGAUUACUGAGCAAGCUGCAGAGGAUCGAGUGGAGCCUGAGCGAGCUGAAUGAUUCCAGGAACGAGGUGGACAAUAUCGUGCAGUAGCCCGAGGCAGACGGUGCCAAGUUACAGAUACAAAGGAGUCUGACUGGUACAGUGUUCCUUGGAACGUGAAAAGUUGCUGCCCUGUGGCUGUGGUACCUUUUUCAUUUGUUACAGGAGAACGUUGCUCAAUAAGGCAAAUAGUUGCUGAUAGAAUUAAUGACUUAUCACUGUAAUCACUGCUUUUGGUGCAUCAUUCCUUUUUGUUGGUUUGUACAUUUUUGGGUAUUUAAUUGUACUGAUUGUCCAAGGUCUGCAUUUGCUGCAAAGACACUUAUUAUCCACCAGAACACACAAAUCUGUUUUGUUUCUGGGAUUGAAAACAGAUGGAGAACCUGAACAAUUGGCACCUGUAACGUCUAUUCUACCAACCAAAACCACCACUUGCAUUACCCUUUAAUGAGUAAAAAGGUCCGGCCUUUGUUACACCUACCUCUUCCUAUGUGUGCAGUUAAACAUGUGUCUCAGCUAAAUACGUGAACUUAAUUUAUUGUGCUAUUUAUAGAAACGAGGUAAGGUGAAGGAAAAGGUAGAUUAGCGCUUGCUUUUUCAUGAUAUAUGAAAUGCGUAGAGCUGUGUGCAAGUUUAUCCGGAGGAUGUGUGGUGCUUGAAUGAUGCAUUAUUAAAGGAAAUGUCAAAUAAAUUCAUUCGCAAUUCCCUUUUUCAUUGUUUAGUAUUAACUGUGUCAUAAGAAACAGAGACAAGGUAAGAGCAGAAAAGCAUAGCGAGAUACAAUAUUACUACACAUGCAAGCUAGGGAGGACUAUUAGACUUAUCCUGAAAGUGCUUUAAAUUUACCUGUCAGGUGUCGCUUUGUUACAUCUGAGUGGACUAAUAUAAGUUACGGAGUUCCCCAAGGCUCAACCCAUGGGCCUCUUUCAUUUAACAUUGACAUGCUUUUUUUCAGCUAAAAUUAUACAAAAUAUUAAACGCUAUCACAAUAUGCAGAUGACACCCAAUUCUCUCUACAAGUGCAAGUACCUUUAGUUAAACUGUGUGUAAUUGAAUAUAUCUUCGCUGCUCUUUUACAAAUCUGAGAUAGAUUUAUUACAAAAUAACACUUCAGACGGUCUUUUACAAAAGAAGCCAUCUCAGUCCAUCUGCUCACGCAGACUGUAAAUGCAUCAUGUGAAGCACUCUACAACAUAGUAAUGUCUAGUUUAUUCAAUGUCUGCUAAUAAAUCCCCUGUACACACUGCUCCUUUAAAUAAUGUAAAAAUAUUGUUAUGUAGGUUUGGAUUAUCAUUUUGAGUGGAUGUAGCUUUAUAGUCAUUGUCAGGUGUGAAACUGAAAACACAUUGGUCAAAUAAAGAUAAAGCUAUGUGUGAUGUGUCAA